GAACUACAUGAUUUUGUAUGUGAUAAAAUUCAUAGGAAAAACAACAACAGGAAGUCGUUUCAGGAAGUCGUUUUGGCUACGUUGAGUGACAGCCGAUACGGUAGUUGGCCGAGCACAUAAUCAAGAUGGCAGGUCUGUCUUUAUAUUUUGAAGAUGGUCAUGAUGAUUUGGAUGACUUCGGGUUUGAUGACUACGGGUCGGAGUGCGAUGGGAUUCGGAUCACAGCCUUUCUGGAUGCGGGGCAGGACAAUCUCACCCCCCUGGGCAGGCUGGAGAAAUAUGCUUUCAGCGAAAAUGUCUUCAACAGGCAGAUAGUGGCACGCGGGCUUCUUGACGUGCUUCGAGAGUUCAGUGACAAUGAGAACGACUUCAUCAGCGUCAUGGAGACAGUGGCCCGAAUGUCAGAAGAUGGAGAGCCCACUGUGCGCGCCGAGCUAAUGGAGCAGGUGCCCAACAUCGCCAUGUUCCUACACGAGAGCCAGCCCAACUUCCCAGCCGCUUUCUCCAGAUACCUGGUGCCCAUUGUGGUGCGCUAUCUCACCGACCCCAACAACCAGGUCCGGAAGACAAGUCAGGCAGCUCUGCUUGUGCUUUUGGAGCAAGGACUCAUCUGCAAGGGGGACGUGGAGUCCAAAGUGUGUCCGGUUCUAUUGGACCUCACUGAGCCCAGCAGCGAUGACGAUUACAAGAUCGAGGCCGUCGCGAUCAUGUGUAAACUAGUAACCAUGCUGAGUAGAGACACAGUGGAACAGUUGUUGUUGCUGCGGUUCUGCGAGCUGUGCAGUGACGCCAGGCUCUUCCAGGUCCGCAAGGUGUGUGCGGCCAAUUUUGGGGAGUUCUGUUCCAUUGUGGGCCAGGAUGCCACAGAGAAGUUACUGAUGUCCAAGUUCUUUGACCUGUGCUCUGAUAGCCUGUGGGGUAUCAGAAAGGCAUGCGCUGAGUGCUUCAUGAUCGUCUCCAACUCCACAUCGCCCGGGGUGCGGCGCUCAAAACUGUCUCCCCUCUUCAUCAGCCUCAUCAGUGACCAGUCUCGCUGGGUGCGCCAGGCUGCUUUUCAGUCUCUGGGACGCUUCAUCUCAACCUUCGCCAACCCCUCCAGCACAGGGCUUUAUUUCAGAGAAGACGGCACACUAUUGGAAGUCCCUCGGUGUCCUUCUGACAGCGAGCCCUCCCCCUGCCCGGCGUCUUCCACGCGUUGCUCCACCAACGGCCCCACAGAGAGACCCCCACAAGCCAACCAAGAUGGCCGCUCCACCCCGUCCCUGGAGUCCAUGUCCAGGGGGGCCAGUAGUGCAGACUCCGCCCACACACCCCCCCGGGAGCGACGCGAAGGCCUGGCGUGCCACCACAGCAACCCCGCCCCUCCCGCCGCCGCGCACGGCCGGAGCAAGGAGACGGAACACACCGACGACAACUUCAACUCCUUCCACUACUGGAGGCCCCCGUUACCGGACAUCAGCGAGGAGCUGGAGAUCCUGAAGGCAGAGGCUCCUCGUGGUCAGCCCGGCAGGGUGACGGAGGGAGGCGCUGGGUCGGAGGAGGAGAUGGCCUGCCUGGAGCCAGCCACCAGCUCUCAGAUACAGAAGGUGUUGGACUGCCUUCAGCCCCACAUGGACGACCCAGAUGUACAAGCCCAAGUGCAGGUUCUUUCAGCCGCCCUGAAGGCGGCCCAGCUGGAGAGCCAGACUGAAGCAGAGGGUCCGUCUGACAGCCAGCCACCAGAGGUCGGGGAUGGGGUCGAGUCCUCCCCAGGUGGGAAGACCACAGAGUUGAGCGACGAACCUCCAUCCCAGCAGGCUGGGGAACCGGCGCCCACGGGGGAACAGGAACACACACAGGUCGAGGUAGAAGAGAUGGAGACGGAGGCUCGGGAAUCCCCUCCGGACUCGCCGGUCCUGGUGCGGGAUGACUCGGACCAAAGCAGUGUGGCAUCGGAGUUGACGGAGGCCGUUGAGGAAGAGGGGAAGGCUGAGUCUGCUCCCAACCAGGUGUGUGUGGAGGAGAAAUCCAUGGUCCAGAAUGUCAUUCCACAGCCACUGCUGGACCAGUACCUCUCCAUGACAGACCCGGCCCGGGCCCAGACGGUGGACACGGAGAUCGCCAAGCACUGUGCGUUCAGCCUGCCUGGCGUGGCUCUGACGCUGGGCCGACAGAACUGGCACUGCCUGAAAGACACGUACGAGACGCUCGCCACCGAUGUGCAGUGGAAAGUCCGCCGGACCCUGGCCUUCUCUAUCCACGAGCUGGCGGUGAUCCUGGGGGAUCAGCUGACGGCGGCUGACCUGGUGCCCAUCUUCAACGGUUUCCUCAAGGACCUGGACGAGGUGCGCAUUGGCGUGCUCAAACACCUCUACGACUUCCUCAAGCUGCUCCAUGCUGAGAAGAGGAGAGAGUACUUGUAUCAGCUGCAGGAGUUCAUGGUGACGGACAACAGCCGCAACUGGAGGUUCAGAUACGAGCUGGCCGAGCAGCUGAUCCUGAUCAUCGAGUUGUACGGCCACUACGAUGUGUUUGACUACCUCAGACAGAUCGCACUGACGCUCUGCUCAGACAAGGUGUCAGAGGUCCGAUGGAUCUCGUACAAGCUGGUGGUGGAGAUCCUACAGAAGAUGUAUGCGUGUGGGGCACACGACCUGGGCCUGAACUUCAUCAACGAACUCGUCGUCCGCUUCUGCCACUGUCCUAAGUGGGUGGGUCGUCAGGCCUUCGCUUUCAUCUGCCAGACCAUCGUGGAGGAGGACUGCAUGCCCAUGGACCAGUUCGCCCAACACCUCCUCCCCAGUCUCCUCAGCCUGUCAUCGGACCCCGUGGCCAACGUCCGCGUGCUUGUGGCCAAAGCGCUGCGGCAGAGUGUCAUGGAGAAAGCGUACUUCAAAGAGCCGGGCAGUGCCUACUCAGACGAGCUGGAGGAGACGGUCACAGCCCUGCAGGCGGAUAAGGACCGGGAUGUGUGCUUCUUCGCCAGCCUGGACCCAAGCAGAGCCCUGAUGGACACGGCUGCCUUAAUCUAGAGCCAGCCGGCAAGCCUGCUCCACGCACAUCAAACUCCUGUCACCAGCACCGGGCCUGACCAGACCACUCGCCUGGGAAAUAAGUCCUGCACCAGGGCACUGAUACCACUCGAUGAACGCGCGCACACACACACACACACUCUUUAACACUGACGCUCGUCUUACACAGUCACCGACACACGUACACACAGGCGUACUUAGCCACAAACAGAUGCUCGCAAACCUACCUUUGGGACUUCUCCCACUGAGGAACCGUGAGCUGACCUUGGGCUCACUUGGGGGGUGGGGGGUUAACUGGAGCCCAUGGUGGUAGCAGACAGAGCGACACCUCCAGGACUCAACUUCUCCUGUCCACAUUAGUGACAUGACUUGACAGCCGUUCUCACCACAAGCUUUCUCUCGCUCUCUCGCUCUGUGUCAAGCUAAUUGUACAUUUGUGAUAAUUUCUGUUCUUGAUUUCCCACUUUUCUCAGUGGAGUUCUUAACAUCGCGACGAUGACAAAACCUGAAUAUUCAAACGUGCGCUUUAACUCAGGGGGGACUCGAUGUAAAAACAAAACUUAGCGAAGCUAAACUAGCCACCAUAAAAUGGCGUCGGAUCCCUUGUGGAAAUGAAACAGCCGAGCGUCUCACUUCCUGACGACCUGUAACCCCGGCUUCCGUCUCUUCACCUGGUCUUUAUGGGCCUCUGGAACCACUACUGCUCAGGAGAUGGAACAAUCACACCACUUGGCACUCUUAAGUCGCAUCUGAUGAAACAAAAGAUCUUAAUGAACUUAAGGAACUCGUGGCUUCCCUCUGAGUGUUGACCCCGCCUCCAACGGGGACCUGGCCUAUUGUUUUUGGCAGGGACCAUUGAAAUGAAAUACCUCUGUAUGGAUGUAACUUGGGGGACAUGUUUUUUUUUUUGAGGCAGGGUUUGGGUGAAGAAAACUCACAGGAUUUUUUUAGAUAAGCUUGUGGCGGAGUGCAGCUUCUCAGAAUGUUGCUGACCAGAAUGCACUGCGUAAGUCAACGCAGGGUAAAUUUGGUGUGAUACUGUACACAACACAUUACUGUCUGUACAUUCUGUCAGGUUGCGCCCCGCCUGAGUAAGCUUCUUGUCAGCUGCACUUAAAAAGUCCUUUUCCGUUGAUGCAAGUGGCUCCCUAUUCUCUUCAUAGUGCCCUACUUUUGAUUGAACCAGGUCAGAAGUAGGGCACUAUAAAAGUAAUAGGGUGCUAAAAAGGACAUACACUUCCGUUGUGUUUUUUUUAAGAGGGGGUGUCUUCAGUGUCCACGACUCAAGGGCUUGUGACGUGACGUGACAGAGGAUGUGGUAAACCAUGUAGAGAGAAGAAGCAUAAAAAAGAAAAUAGGAAAUUGAUGGCACACUGUUUGGUUAUGCAUGUUUUACUGUUGAGACGGAAAACGACCCGAGAUGUUGUCCCACAUCCACGUACCUAAUUUCAGUUCAAUUUUUUUCUGAAGAUCAUGACGGCAGAUAUAUGGUUAAAUGGUUUGAUUUUCGGUCGAUCUGAACACUUGCCGCAAUUGUACAGUAUAGGAGUGAAUGUUGUUGUUUUUUUCCCCCAGGUUCUGUGUUCUAAGACUUGAUCAUUGUACAAUAUUUAGUGAUUAAAUGGGAGUAUGUUCCAGAACAAGUCACUUCAAACAUUGGCAAGUAUUGUAUAGCUGAAACCUGUGGAGCCAGUACCAGUUUUAUGGUUUUCUGUAGAGACAAAUGAGUGGGGUUAUUAUGGCGGCGGUCACCAAGUGACUUUUGUAGUCUUUUUAAUCUUUUUAUUUUCUCCUGUGUAUGUGGCAACUUAUUUUCACCAGAGAUGUAAAAAGCACAAGAUAAGAGCUCUCUGCUCUGUUCACCUGUUUCAGGAAGUUCCUGAAUAAGACCUUGAAGGGUUCUUCAAAAACAACCAGUUACUGAUUAAAUUACAAGUGAAGAAUUAUCAAUUAAGAUCACUGGUUAGUUAUGAACUCCCUUUAGCUGGUUAUUUUGGUCUUAAUUGGGAACCUCCUUAAACUGGUGAACACAGAUGAGUACUUGGUACUUUUUUACUCUGAUUUUGUCCAUAGACACAACUUGAGAAUUUAAACUGAUUGUGGUGUAAUGUGCAUCUCAAGUCUGUCUUCCAUCUUGUGGUAAAGUUUAUUGCGGAAUCGCAGUAGCCUACCCAACUCAUCUCUUCUGUCCGUAAUUUGUUACCAUCUUGUUUUUUUUUUAUGUAGUAGAACUGUUAAUAUAAUGCAUUUUAUGAAAAUUAUUUUAUUUUCAAUUAUGUACCAUUGUUCAAAGAUUUUAUAUCCUAACUUUGCAAUUUGCGACCUUUGUAAUAUUCAAUGGUUUUCUUUUAAAGACGUUUUAUGUAUUGUUAUUUUUAGUAUUCUGUAAUUAAAAUGAUAAUAUAAGUCA